GCAUCAGCUGGAGCGGCAGUCACAUGAAGUGGGGCCAGCCCUUCCGCGUCCGUCACGUCACCACCGGCCACUACUUGGCGCUGACCGAGGAGAAGGGGCUGGUCGUGGUGGACGCCGAAAAGGCCAACACCAAGGCGACGGCUUUUUGCUUCCGUAUCUCCAAGGAAAAGCUGCAUGAAGCUCCAAAGCGAGACGUGGAGGGGAUGGGAGCCCCCGAGAUCAAGUACGGAGAGUCCAUGUGCUUCGUGCAGCACGUGGACAGCGGCCUCUGGGUGACGUACGCGGCAGCCGACGCCAAGGCGUUACGCCUGGGGAUCCUCAAGAGAAGGGCCAUCCUGCACCAGGAAGGACACAUGGACGAUGCGCUUUCUCUGACCCGCUGCCAGCACGAGGAAUCGCAAGCUGCCCGCAUGAUUUACAGCACUUCCGGCCUCUACAACCAAUUCAUCAACUUAUCUGCAAGUCUCUCGGUGCCCCCUGAGGCCCUGGCGGCCGCGGAUUCCAAAGCGGGGACCCCUGCUCCAGCAGCAGGCGAGGGGCUUUGUGCUUCGGACGACAUGCAGGGCAUGAUCACCCUCGUCCUGAACUGCAUCGACCGCCUCAACGUCUACAGCACCGCCGCGCACUUCGCGGAGUAUGCCGGAGAGGAAGCGGCCGAGUCCUGGAAGGAGAUUGUGAACCUGCUGUACGAGCUGCUCGCCUCACUAAUCCGUGGGAACCGUUCCAACUGCGCCCUCUUCUCCAACAAUCUGGAUUGGCUGGUCAGCAAGCUGGACCGGCUGGAGGCGUCCUCUGAAUGUAGCUCUAAAAAGAAGGGGUUGAUGAGCAGUGGAUUCCGGACGGACAAACGAAUGUACCGCUUCUCGCAGCGCAUGUGCAGCUGUGGAACUUACUGCCACGAGACAAUCACUUACUUGACAAGAGGAUUGGGCAAAAUCAUCAAGGAAGG